AUGAAACCUCUAAAUGAAUUUCGCUCAAAAUUUGACAGUAAUCAGCUAAAAGAUGUUAGUUGUCAAAAAAUUGGUGACAGAGGAUGGGAGAUCCACCAUAUUAAAGUGACUAGAGUUCCCGGUUAUGGUUUUGGAAUAGCUGUGUCAGGAGGUUGUGAUAAUCCUCAUUUUACUAAUGGCGAUCCAGCGAUUGCAAUCUCCGAUGUGCUUAAAAAUGGCCCAGCUGAAGGAAAAUUACAAGUGAAUGAUCGUAUUAUCUCCGCCAAUGGAAAAUCAUUGGAAGGCGCUGAUUAUGCAAAAGCCGUGCAGGUUCUGCGGGAUUCCGGUUCUACCGUUUUACUAACUGUUAAACGAAGAGCUUUCUCGAAUUCACCCAGUUGUUUUGGCAGCGGAGUACCUCAGAGUUACCGGCUUACACUCACGCGAAACAACAAAAAGGAUGACUUCGGCAUAGUGCUGGGAUGUCGAUUGUACGUGAAGGAGGUUACACGAGAGAAUAUCGGAGUAAAAACCGGGGACGUAUUAACCCGAAUAGGUAGCAUCGCCGCCGACAAUAUGAGUUUGAAGGAAGCUAGAAAGCUGAUGGACCAGUGUAAAGAUAGACUCUCGAUCGUAAUUACUCGAGAUAGCUCAUGUUGUCAUGUGCAGCAACAAGGUAAAGGGGAUAGCGGAGAAUACCUGUCAGGCGCAAGUUACAGUAGUCAGAACUUAUACGUUCCGCCACCUACGAGACAGCCCUUAGAGGAUAAGAGUAACCUUGUGCCGAGGGGCCGUUCGCGGGGUCCGCUGAUGGAUGUGUCCCUGAGUCAACUAGAUUUACCAGCUACGCCCACUGUGGAUCCACCUAGACCACCUCCACCGAGACCGGAAGAUUAUUAUAGUACGCGUAGACAGUUGUACGAUGAAGAUUCGGUUUCACCUCGGACAAAACAGCCUAUGCCGGAUCCUCGAUUCAUUACAUUUCAAAAGGAAGGAUCCGUGGGCGUGCGAUUAAGCGGUGGCAACGAAACCGGAGUCUUCGUAACUGCAGUUCAAGCGGGAAGUCCUGCAUCGCUUCAGGGUCUUCAGCCGGGAGAUAAAAUUUUAAAGAUAAAUGAUAUGGAUAUGAAAGAAGUCACGAGGGAAGAAGCCGUACUGUUCCUUCUUAGCUUGCAAGAACAAAUCGACCUUAUCGUGCAACAUCGACGUCAGGAAUAUGACCAAAUUGUUGCAUCCGGCAAAGGUGACUCUUUUCACAUAAAGAAUAAGGACACAUUUCACAAUUACAUCAUUCAUUUUCCAAGAUGUAACUAUUUCAGCCAAUUGAGAGACAAGAACAAUGCCAAUAAAGGAUGA